CAGAAUUAUGGCAAGUACAGACGUCUAAAUGCCUUUUUCAGAAUCGUUUCAACCAGCAAAGAUCGCAACGUGGUUGAAUUUAUUUCAACUAUGGAAGGUAAGAACAAAAAGUAUAAGGAAUCUUAAAAAACAAACCCAAAUAUCAUAAGCUUCGUCUGGCUUCCUCGCUACAAUAGUUGACUCUUUUCAAGUUACAGUUUGUUCUGAAAAAAUUAUCAGUUCUAAAUUUCUUACUUGUAAUGUUUUUGUGCAAAUAGAAAAGAUAAAUAGGAAGAAUUAUUUUAUCAUAUACUUUUGGUGAUGGCAAGAGUCUAAUUGUAUUAUUUACAGGUAAGCGUUAUCCCGUCUACCUUUUCCACUGGCACCCGGCUAAAUCCCAGUUUGAAUGGCGCAGAGAUCUGGACUUUAAUCACUCGCUGGCCGAUGUUCUUUCAGGCCAGUAUUUUGCAAAUUUCCUAAUUCAAAAAGGUGAGCUUGGAAAAAGAUUUUAGUUCCUCUUCCAUAACAAAAAAUAGUUGUAACUGAUGGCAGAUAAUUUUUGUAAUGAUAUUCCAGUGCCAUUAUUGUUAUAAUGAUCCGCUGACCGAAAAAAAUCUCAGUAAUCAAAUUACACAAAACUAGUGGAUCAAAAUGCAGAGGCGGAACUAGAAAAAAAAUAACAGAAACUCAUGCAACGAUCUCUUCUAUUCAAAGCACGUGAUUCAAGGCGAAAAAAUGCUUCCCUACAUACGGGGGAUCAGAGUCAAAACAACACGUCACACAACAUGUCACAACCAACGAUGAACAACACCUGAACUUUUUGUUAUAUUUUGCUUGUUUUGCCUAAAAUUGAAUUGAAUUGGAAUCAUUGUUUAUUUCAUUGUAAAUAUCAAUUAGAGGAUGAUUAGUUGAUCCAAUACCAAAUUCCCUAAACUAGCAUCAUAAGAAUCGUAUGGCAAACAGCAAGACAAAUUACUAAUAAUGAAAUCUAGGGAGGGAAAAGGUUAAUUAUAUAAACAAUAGUUGUAAUGAUAGUAAUUCCUCUCUGUUGUCGGCAGCGCGCUUCAGCACUCAUCGAUUCUCCAGAGCAGAGGAAGAGAGGGCUUCUUUAAUUUAUAACUACAAACCAACUGCUGUACAAGACUACUUGCCUUUUAUACAAGCUUACUUUUUUUAA